UACAAUAGGAUUGUCCCAAUUGAGUCCACUAUCUGGUAGGUACAGAUACGUUUUAAUAGGAUCAAUACGGUUGCUACGACUGACCUCAAUAUAUGAUAAGACCUGAUGGGGUCACCACGAUUACUUCACGAUUAAAAUCAAGAUUUGAAUCGUAGCGCGAAUCGUGAUAGUAGGAACAGGGAUCAACCAUAGGUGUUUUAAUAAAAAUAAUAACGGACAUGGUUGCAGCUACAACUGGAUGAUGAAUUCGCCCAAAGACUUUGAAGAAGAUUUUUUAUCCUGUUUAAUAUGCUUCGAGAAAUUUAACCAACCAAAAUCUCUGCCAUGUCUUCACACGUUUUGUCUUGAUUGCUUAAGAUCAUACAUCAAAUCGACAACGCUUUUUAAAAAUGGGACGUCAUUCAAGUGUCCCACGUGUAGAGAUUUGGCGACGGUGCCUCUUCCUAGAAGUCCAGAUUGGGCAACUCAAUUUAAAACCAAUUUUUACGUUAACAAUUUAAUGGAAGCAGCUGCGGCGACUAAUGCAACUCCACAAAAGACGUUGGUCAGUUCUGGAGACUCCAAAUCUCUAUCCAAUAAGAUAGUUCCAAUUAUGAAAACCGAACUUGCAGCACAUAAAUCGCAAUUAGAUCCUUUCCUGUUGCGGUUGGAACUGUUGAACAUAGAAAUCGAAAAGGAACAGACGACCGUGGCAAGUGAAAAAGAAAGAAUCAAGAAUUUGAUAAUGGCACACUCUGAACAACUUCAGCGAAUGGUACAACACGAAACGAGCAGGUGUUUGGGGCGACUAGAUUCGAUAUCUUUAGAAAUUGAUGGAGUUUUUCAAAGUAAAAUGGAAUCCAACCAAAGACUGCGUUCGUCUGUAGAAAGUACGUGUAGUGACAUGGACACUAUUAUUAACGGGUCAGACGCGAAUAUAUUUGAAGGCGUAGAACGAAUUUUGGGUGAAAAACAGAGACUGAUGAAUAUAUUGUCCACGUCAUUUGAGAUUCCAGUAUUUAAAAUCAACUAUGCUCCUGCUGACAUUAAGAUGUGUGAUAUACUUGGAACUACUGGUUUUGGAAGAGAGAAGCGGAUACUGAUGUUUGCUGAGGCCAAAACCCCGAAGUACACACAGAGCAUUAAUAGUUCUGUCGAUUCGACUCCACGUUUAAAUCCUGAAGAAAUUUCAAACAGCUCGCCCUAUUUCAAUCAUAAAAGCACGUUGACAUUUUUGUCUAAAUUGGAAACAAAAAUAAAAGGCGACAAAUCCAACCCAUGCCUCCGAGAUAUUGCCCUGAUACAAAGCGGAAUAAUGGUGGUUACCGAUUCGGGGAAUAACUGCAUUAAAUCAUUUUAUAAUAUCGAAGGAACAAAAUGGGCCAAUAGCCGAAUAUCCACUGAUCGUCCUCCACACGCAGUCACAGUAAUGAACAGUCAAAACAAGGUUGCUGUCACUUUACCAAAAGCUAAGCAAAUCAUUGUUUUAAAUGUAACUCCGAAUCUCGCUCUAGAAAAACAGAUAACGACAGCCAAGAAAUAUUGGGGUAUAACCAGUAUCGGUGGAGGCAUGUUUGCCGUUAGUACCUGUCCCGGUACAGAAUUUGGUGUGAUUGAUAUCGUUAACCUGCAUGGUGACCUCCUGCAAAAAAUACAUUCAGGUGGCCUGUUUCCUAAUCCUCUUUAUCUGACAUCAUUAUCAACUGGGGUCAUCAUCGUGUCAGACUGCACAGUUCAAAAAGUUGCUGGACUGCGUCAAAAUGGCGAUGUUUUGUUUGGAAAAGAUAAGCGCAAUGAUAUUUUCACCCGACCCAUGGGAGUAAAGUGCGACUCUUUUGAUGGAAUUUUGAUCGUUGAUGCAAAUCAAAACGUAUUUGCUAUGAACGGACGGGGUGUUGUUAAAAACAAGUUUUCUCUCCAUUGUAAAGACAUCAAAAAGGAAGUCAUUCGUAGCUUGGCCGUGCAUAAAAAUAUGUUAUAUGUCGCUUCAGAAGAGUCUCGCAUAUUUGCCUUCCAGCUACAGUAACUGCUCAAAGCCUGGAGGAGUUGUUUCGUUUUUAGUACAGGGGCGGAUCCAGGAUUUUCAGAAGGGGGGGGGGCGUGCUGACGGGCAAUCAUCCAAGUCACCAUCCGACUCGUUUCGGAGUAAAUUACGACGGGGAUCACUACCAUUUUUAAGUUUUUUUUAUUCUCCUUUCCCGCGAGAAUAUAUGGGGCAAAAUAUUAUUCGCCACCGCACAAAAAAUAGGGUGGUGGGGGCGUGCGCAGGUCUAUCUUUAGGCCUGAAAUGUUAUAUAAACUAUUAAUUAGACAUUUAUUAACAUGAAAAGACCAUAAUUAACUCUUGAUGCCAUCUUAAA